UAGCUUUCAUUCCCGAACGUCCAAACCGUUCGAUUUUCGCUUAAUUUUCACAAAUCCGAAUCGCCCUCCCUCAAACCCUGAUUCUCCAAUCUCCGUUCGAUUUUCCGCUUCUAUCUUGAAAAAUUUGUACGGAAUACCUCUUGAUCUUUUAACUCUCUUCUGCUUCCGACGUCUCCAUAAGGGCGAUGGCUUCUAGAGGAGCAAACAUGAUGCUAUCAAGGGCCAAUAGGAUAAAGACGAAGUUACAGUCAGCACUGGAAGCCACAGUUUUGGAGGUAGAAGACGUGUCGUACCAGCAUGCGGGUCAUGCUGCCAUGAAAGGAACCUCCGGGCAGGAGACCCAUUUCAACCUGAAGAUCGUCUCCCCCAAAUUCGACGGCCAGAGUCUCGUGAAACGGCACCGUAUGGUCUACGACUUGCUCGCGGAUGAGCUUCAAUCUGGAUUGCACGCCCUCUCUAUUGUGGCCAAAACGCCUCAGGAAACCUCUGCCAAAUGAAGUUUUUGCUUUAAACUGUGAGGGUUGAAAAUUGGAAUCUUUUGAUUCUGUUUUCUGGUUAUCUAUUUGAUUAGGAUAGGGCAGAUUUCAUGCCAUGUGCUUCGAGCCGUCAACAAUCACCUGAUGAACAAACGAUCUAGUUUUCGAUAUUCUUAUUGUUAUGAUAGUUUUAGACCUGAGUCUUCACUGUCUCCUAUGUUUGAUUUAAUCUAUCGUUAUAACAUUUUGGGAAGGAUGGUCCAAAGUAGAAGGAAAAUUGAAGUCUUUUGAACAAGAAGCAGCAUUUCUUUUUUCCAUUUUGGAUGUUUGCAUUAGCUUUUUUUUGUUGUGUUGUCUGAUUUCAAUUUGCUUUGAAUCAAUCACGCACUUAUUAGUUUUU